AUGGCCCCUCCAGUCCCCGGCGGCCCCGGCGAGGUGGACGAACUGUUCGAUGUGAAGAACGCCUUUUACAUCGGCAGCUACCAACAAUGCAUCAACGAGGCGCAGCGAGUGAAGCCAUCAAGCCCAGAGAGGGACGUGGAGCGCGAUGUCUUUCUGUACCGGGCAUACCUUGCACAGAGGAAGUAUGGCGUGGUGCUGGAUGAGAUCAAGCCUUCCUCAGCUCCGGAGCUUCAGGCUGUGCGCAUGCUCGCCGAGUACCUCUCCAGUGAGGACCAGAGGGACGUGGUGGUGGCACACCUGGACCGGGAGAUGAGCCGCAGCAUGGAUGUGACCAAUACCACUUUCUUGUUGAUGGCCGCCUCCGUCUACCUGCAUGACGGGAACCCAGACGCCGCGCUGCGAACACUACACCAAGGCGACAGCUUGGAGUGUUCAGCCAUGGUGGUGCAGAUCCUGCUGAAGCUGGACCGCCUGGACCUCGCCCGGAAGGAGCUGAAGAAGAUGCAGGACCAGGACGAGGAUGCCACCCUCACCCAGCUGGCCACCGCCUGGGUCAACCUGGCUGUGGGUGGUGAGAAGCUGCAGGACGCCUACUACGCCUUCCAGGAGCUGGCCGACAAGUGCUCAUCCACCCUGCUGCUGCUCAACGGCCAGGCUGCCUGCCACAUGGCCCAGGGCCGCUGGGAGGAUGCUGAGGGCGCCCUGCACGAGGCACUUGACAAGGACAGUGGCCACCCGGAGACACUGAUCAACCUCAUCGUCCUGUCGCAGCACCUGGGCAAGCCUCCCGAGGUGACAAACCGCUACCUGUCCCAGCUGAAGGAUUCCCACAGGUCCCACCCGUUCAUCAGGGAGUACCAGGCCAAGGAGAAUGAUUUUGACCGGCUGGUCCUGCAGUACGCCCCUAGCACGUGA